AAAUUAUUUUAUUUUCCUUCAAAAAAAAUAAAAUUUUAUUCGGCGGAGAAUUGAAAUAAAUGGAGAAGGAAGAAACGAGGACAGUAAGCAGAAGGAAGACGAGGGAGAUGGGCCCACGGGCCCUGGGAGUAGGGAUCCUCUGCUUCGCACUCCUCAUGUUAAUCACUCCCAGAAUCCCUCAGCCUCAGAAGUAUCAUGACUAUGCUGAUAAACGCCGUUUCUUUGGCCUUGCACUAUGCUACUACAAAGGGAGUUAUUUCAAGAUAUGCUUGCAUGGGGAGGUAUUUGGAUGGGCAUGUUUCUACAUUGGCAUUGCAGGAGUAACAUUUGGAUCAUCCUACUAUCAUCUCAACCCUAAUGAUGCCACCCUUGUGUGGGACCGCCUUCCCAUGGCAGUUGCCAUGGCGGGUAUCUUGACAAUAUUUGUGAUUGAAAGAGUGGAUGAGAAGAAGGGAGUCUUGUCUCUUAUUCCCUUCCUUUUGUGUGGUGUUGGUAGUGUUUUUUAUUGGAGAUACACGGGCGAUCUCCGACCGUAUGCCGUGGUGGAGACGGUUCCGGCCAUAGUAGUGGUCCUAAUGGCUAUAUUGAUACCUCCAAGGUAUACUCAUUCAACAUAUUGGUUAUGGGCAGCAGGAUGUUUUCAAAUGGCGAGAAUACAUGAAAUAGCGGACCGGCCAACAUACUUCUUGACCGGUUACACUGUGAGCGGCCACACGCUAAAGCAUGCAUUCAUUGCUGCGCUCGCCACCAUCUUGACUCUUAUGCUUGCACUAAGGGACAUUCAAACUCAAAGGAUAAGUUUGCUGCAGAGAUGGAGCGCAUCUUGGAGGAAAGUGAAAGAGAAUGGCGCUAAAGUGACUUAGAUUUAUAGAAAAAAAGACAUUAUAUAUGGUUUAUCUUUUUAGUUGAUGAAUGUAAUAGUGCUUAGUUGGAAAAAAGGUAAAUUGCUAAU